AUAAACCUGCAACCAUGAACAAUAUGGACGUGUUUGAGGAGGCUGUUUGUGUUAUUACACAUAUAUAAGACAAAUCAGGUCAACCUGUGAAGGCAAGCACUUGGUGUACAACCAGAAAUAAAAGCCUUCGAAUAUGCUGUAUACUGUUAUUAGUUGUGCUCGAUGGAUCUGGUACAGCUCUCUGAAAGUCUGAACGCUCCAGAUAGCACCAGAGCUGGACAGAUGACCUGCCGCUGUGCCAGCUGUGUGGCGUGGGCACGGCCCCAAACUGUGUGUACGGCUCCGACGACAAAAGCACCCAGAUGCACCCGAACGAGGACGGACACUUCCGAUUCAGUACCGAUUGCUGUUUCCUGUAUGGGGUGUUUAAUGGUUAUGAUGGGAGCCGAGUCGCCAAUUUCGUGUCUCAGUAUCUCACUGCAGAGCUUCUACUGGGCCAGCUUAACUCCAACCACUCUGACGCAGACGUCCGUCGCAUCCUCACACAGGCUUUUGAUGUAGUGGAGAAGAGUUACUUUGAGACCAUCGAUGACGCACUGGCAGAAAAGGCCAAUCUUCAAGCACAACUCCCAGAGGGAGCGAUGUUUCACCAGCUGUCUCAGAAUCAGAAGAUUGCAGAGAGGCUGAAGACUCUGGAGCAGGAGGUGUCUGGAGGAGCCACGGCUGUCGUCGCUCUCAUUCUCAACAACAAGCUGUACAUCGCUAAUGUGGGCACCAACCGAGCUCUGCUGUGCAAGCAAACCAGUGACCGUCAGAACCAGGUGAUUCAGAUCGGGCGAGCCCACACAACUGAUAACGAAGACGAGCUGGCCAGACUGGCUCAGUUAGGCCUGGACCCAAAUCGGCUCAGACAGACGGGGACAAUCGCAGGUCAGAGCAGUCUGAGGCGGAUCGGAGACUACAAGGUGAAAUUCAACUACACGGACAUUGAUGUCCUGAGUGCGGCCAAGAGCAAGCCGAUCAUCGCAGAGCCCGAGAUUCACGGCGGCCAGUCACUGGAUGGAGUCGCAGGCUUCCUGUUACUGAUGUCAGAGGGGCUCAUUAAGGCCCUCGAGGCAGCCCAUGGACCUGAGCAGGCCAAUCAGGAGAUGGUUGCCAUGGUGGCAGCGGAGUUGACCCAGCAGGGCAACGUGGAGGCGGCGGCCCAGUCAGUGGUGGAGCGCGUGAAGCGGCUUCAUUAUGACGCCUACUCCAAACAGAGAGCGGUGCAGUGUUCACGCCACGAGGACAUGACCCUGCUCAUUCGCACCAUUAAUUGCCCUCUGUCAGACGGCUCACUAACUCCAACGCAAGGUGGGCGGAUCUACCCGGUGUCUGUGCCCUAUUCAAACAACCAGAGCACCAGUAAGACGAGCGUGACCCUCUCUUUGGUCAUGCCGGCCCAGGGCACGCUCACCAACGGGACCAACACGGCUUCCACGCUGGAAGGAGGCACCCCCACGUCUGGGCAAAGUCCAACAGCGACGCUACAGUCCACCAACACACACACGCAGAGCUCCAGCUCCAGCUCGGGCGACGGCAGCCUCUUCAGACGCGCCAGCCAGGCAGCACAACCGGACGAGACGGGCCGCGUGCCACCCUACGUCGACUUUACCCAGUUCUAUCAGAUGUGGGGCACAGAGCACAGCGAGGGAACAAGAGGGCCGGGACCUCAGUGAGGGAUAAAUCGAGAACGAGGCAGCUUCGCAGAGUACCGACAUGUACAAUGGAUUGUAAUGGCAUGCAGUUACACCGAGUGCCAAUUUGCUGCCUUCUGUAAGGACUUUAUUAAGGCCAAAGUGUUUAAUAGCCUCAUUCUCCAGGUAAUAGCCCGGAUUCGCAGCAUUUGGUGCAGGAGCAUUGUUGAAUUACAGGUCAGUUUUCUUUGGGUGAAAAUAUUAUUAUUAUUAUUCAUGAUCUGACAUGACUUUUUUUUUUUUUUUUAAACUUAUAGCUUAACCCUGCUGAUCAAAGCCAAUCAGAUCAAAUUUCCAAAAAAAAAACCAGACCAUGAUGAUAUUGUUGAAGUUAGAGAGGAUAUCAAGAAAUGCAUCAUGUGACGACCAAGGAAACAACAUUUUAUUAUCCUUCGUUAUAAACCGUAGUGCAGCAUGAUGGCAACAAUAUCGCACCACGAUUCUUCGUUCUUUCUCUCAAGUUGUCAGGGAAAGCAGUCGGGCUGUAUUACAGCUUUUUUAAAGUAUCACAAAAGUGAACUGUCGGUGGCAUCAGAAAUAUCCAAACGCAUGGAACAUAACACUCGGAUAUUGGAACGGAACAGCAGAAUUACUCCAUGUCACACUCGUGACGUACGCAACGUUCUGACAAAGCGUAUCGUAUUGUUACUGGAAACCUGCAGACUGAUAUCACACGCUGAGUUGUGUUCUUUGACAGACUCCUAAUAGCUGACCAUCCAAAAGAGUUUUUUUUUUCCUUUUUUGAAGAUGACGUACGCGGUCAGGCCUCACCACUCAACCCUCCUCCUUCCCCCGCAGAUAUCAAGGGACCCAUUUUCCAGCUAUUACCUUUCUGAAGAGACUGCUAUUAUGCAAAAUCAGUUUGUCAUUAAGUAAUUGUGAUGAGUCAUUUCAUGGAAGGCUGAAUAUCAGUGAAGUACUCGAGGGUAUUUCUAAAUACACUUAUUACAAGACUUUUUUAAUAACAAGCGUUACGUCUGAAACGCCACGUUAAUCCUCCCCUUUUCACUCCUUUCUUCAUUAAAGUCGGGUAUCUGGGUCAGAAUGAACGAGUGGACGUUGGAGAGAGAUUUCCUGUACACUUGUUUUUUUCUCCCCCCCCAAAGGAAGAUGUUUGGUUUUGCCACCUUUGUGUUUAUAUAUCAUGUUUUGAUCAUACUUUAUUAUGGAAGCCAAGAGAGGUCCUUCAUAUAAUCCUUUUUUUAAUUCACCUUGUUAUUCCGAGAUAACGACAUAAUUAAUUCAGGAUGUCGAGAAAACAACACAACUAAUUCGAGAUCUCGAGAAAACAAAACUGUUAUUCUGAGAUAACGACAUAAUUAAUUCAGGAUCUCGAGAAAACAUCACAACUAAUUCGAGAUCUCGAGAAAACAAAACCGUUAUUCAGAGAUAACGACAUAAUUAAUUCGGGAUCUCGAGAAAACACAACUAAUUCGAGAUCUCGAGAAAACAAAACCGUUAUUCCGAGAUAACGACAUAAUUAAUUUGGGAUCUCGAGAAAACAACACAACUAAUUCGAGAUCUCGAGAAAACAAAACCGUUAUUCCGAGAUAACGACAUAAUUAAUUCGGGAUCUCGAGAAAACAAUACAACUAAUUCGAGAUCUCGAGAAAACAAAACCGUUAUUCCGAGAUAACGACAUAAUUAAUUCGGGAUCUCGAGAAAACAACACAACUAAUUCGAGAUCUCGAGAAAACAAAACCGUUAUUCCGAGAUAAUGACAUAAUUAAUUCAGGAUGUCGAGAAAACAACACAACUAAUGCGAGAUCUCGAGAAAACAAAACCGUUAUUCCGAGAUAACGACAUAAUUAAUUCGGGAUCUCGAGAAAACAACACAACUAAUUCGAGCUCUCGAGAAAACAAAACCGUUAUUCCGAGAUAACGACAUAAUUAAUUCAGGAUCUCGAGAAAACAACACAACUAAUUCGAGAUCUCGAGAAAACAAAACCGUUAUUCCAAGAUAACGACAUAAUUAAUUCGGGAUCUCGAGAAAACAACACAACUAAUUCGAGAUCUCGAGAAAACAAAACCGUUAUUCCGAGAUAACGACAUAAUUAAUUCGGGAUCUCGAGAAAACAACACAACUAAUUCGAGUUCUCGAGAAAACAAAACCGUUAUUCCGAGAUAACGACAUAAUUAAUUCGGGAUCUCGAGAAAACAAUACAACUAAUUCGAGAUCUCGAGAAAACAAAACCGUUAUUCCGAGAUAACGACAUAAUUAAUUCAGGAUGUCGAGAAAACAACACAACUAAUGCGAGAUCUCGAGAAAACAAAACCGUUAUUCCGAGAUAACGACAUAAUUAAUUCGGGAUCUCGAGAAAACAACACAACUAAUUCGAGCUCUCGAGAAAACAAAACUGUUAUUCCGAGAUAACGACAUAAUUAAUUCAGGAUCUCGAGAAAACAACACAACUAAUUCGAGAUCUCGAGAAAACAAAACCGUUAUUCCGAGAUAACGACAUAAUUAAUUCAGGAUGUCGAGAAAACAACACAACUAAUUAGAGAUCUCGAGAAAACAAAACCGUUAUUCCGAGAUAACGACAUAAUUAAUUCGGGAUCUCGAGAAAACAACACAACUAAUUAGAGAUCUCGAGAAAACAAAACCGUUAUUCCGAGAUAACGACAUAAUUAAUUCAGGAUGUCAAGAAAACAACACAACUAAUUCGAGAUCUCGAGAAAACAAAACUGUUAUUCCGAGAUAACGACAUAAUUAAUUCGGGAUCUCGAGAAAACAACACAACUAAUUCGAGAUCUCGAGAAAACAAAACCGUUAUUCCGAGAUAACGACAUAAUUAAUUCAGGAUGUCAAGAAAACAACACAACUAAUGCGAGAUCUCGAGAAAACAAAACCGUUAUUCCGAGAUAACGACAUAAUUAAUUCGGGAUCUCGAGAAAACAACACAACUAAUUCGAGCUCUCGAGAAAACAAAACUGUUAUUCCGAGAUAACGACAUAAUUAAUUCAGGAUCUCGAGAAAACAACACAACUAAUUCGAGAUCUCGAGAAAACAAAACCGUUAUUCCGAGAUAACGACAUAAUUAAUUCAGGAUGUCGAGAAAACAACACAACUAAUUAGAGAUCUCGAGAAAACAAAACCGUUAUUCCGAGAUAACGACAUAAUUAAUUCGGGAUCUCGAGAAAACAACACAACUAAUUAGAGAUCUCGAGAAAACAAAACCGUUAUUCCGAGAUAACGACAUAAUUAAUUCAGGAUGUCAAGAAAACAACACAACUAAUUCGAGAUCUCGAGAAAACAAAACUGUUAUUCCGAGAUAACGACAUAAUUAAUUCGGGAUCUCGAGAAAACAACACAACUAAUUCGAGAUCUCGAGAAAACAAAACCGUUAUUCCGAGAUAACGACAUAAUUAAUUCAGGAUGUCAAGAAAACAACACAACUAAUUCGAGAUCUCGAGAAAACAAAACCGUUAUUCCGAGAUAACGACAUAAUUAAUUCAGGAUGUCAAGAAAACAACACAACUAAUUCGAGAUCUCGAGAAAACAAAACCGUUAAUCCGAGAUAACGACAUAAUUAAUUCGGGAUCUCGAGAAAACAAUACAACUAAUUCGAGAUCUCGAGAAAACAAAACCGUUAUUCCGAGAUAACGACAUAAUUAAUUCAGGAUGUCGAGAAAACAACACAACUAAUGCGAGAUCUCGAGAAAACAAAACCGUUAUUCCGAGAUAAUGACAUAAUUAAUUCGGGAUCUCGAGAAAACAACACAACUAAUUCGAGAUCUCGAGAAAACAAAACAAUUUCAUGAUCUCGAGAAAACAGCUGAGAUUUCUGGCAGAGCUGAGACGAAGCCGGGCCAGUCUUCUGCGGAGGUGCCACGGACUAAUUUUGAAAUUAUCCCUUAUUAAAAGACUUAAUGCAAUCUCUCCCUGUGUCAACCCCUGAUCAAAAUAUUGCCUUAUUAGGUGAUCGAUUAUUCCAGACAUUCUAAUGACCAAAGUUGCGUCUAUACAGAAUGAGAAAUAGCCCCAAAGUCAGCAUAUCACAAGUCUCUUGGCGCACCUGAAUGCACCAUUUCUCAGCUGUUUACUCGAGAUCAUGAAAUAAUUGUUUUGUUUUCUCGAGAUCUCGAAUUAGUUGUGUUGUUUUCUCGACAUCCUGAAUUAAUUAUGUCGUUAUCUCGGGAUAACAAGGUGAAUAAAAAAAAAAAGGAUUAUACGAAGGGCCUCUCUCGGCUUCCGUACUUUAUUGUACAGUGUCGCAAAUACUUUGUAUUUAAUAGGUUAGUACAUGGUAAUAUUCAAGAUUGAACUGCAUACUAACUUGUAUUUCAAGGGAAAAAAACCACCUGCUUGGUUUGUUCAGCAUUACCUUGCGCUGUGGUGCAAUAAAACAAGUAUGUAAGAUACGAAUCGUAUUUUUUCCAUUCUUCAGCUGUCCAGUUUCAGUGACCGUGUGCUCAUUGUAGCUCCCGGUUCCUGUUAUUAACAGACAAAACGGAUCCUCUGACGUUGUAGCCCAUCCUCCUAAAGGUUCAAUAUGUUCUGAGAUGCUUUUCUUCUCACUGUGGUUGUAAAGAGUGGUUAUUUGAGGUUCCGUAACUUUCCUGUCAGCUCAAACCAGUCAAGCAAAUUUCCGUGACCUUGGUGGGGGGUUUGUUUGUUUUUCACGCUGUUGCUUGUGAAAUUACAAGACCGGUGGUUUAUGAAAAAUUUCCAACAGCUGGCCACCGAUCACAUUUUCCCACAUUCUGAUGUUUGAUUUCAACAUGAACUGAAGCUCUUGGCUUAUAGUUAUAAAGUCCUAAUAGAUAUAAAAUAUAGACCGAGGCAUCAGGUAUUGCCUGGAAGUGCAACAAAAUCUUCUGGACAAACAUGAAAAUGUAUGCACUUUUAAAAAUUAUGCUAUGUACCUGUACCAGGAAUUAUAUUUAACGACCACGUACUCACCUAUUAAAUACAAGGGUUGUAGUAUACUGGAAAAUAAACUGCUUCUGUACUGAUAGUUUUAUGUAUUUUGUGUGUGAUGUCUGUUUAACUGAGUUUCUAGUGCCUUGCUGAAAUAAAUCUUAAA